AUGUAUAACCUCCUUGCUGUUGUUGCUGCGUUGGCUAUCGGAACCACUGCCGCUCCAGCCACCUUCAACCGUCGUCAGGACGCCUGCUUUAUUGUCGGAUCGACCACGCUACCACAAGAGACUGCGGACAUCGCCAACGCCGUCGCCAGCACGGUAACCUGCGGUACCGGCACCACGAUCGGCAACGUGCCUGAUGUAACAACCAACGGCGUCUCUUUCUCGGAUAUCGACUUUUCGAAGUCCUCCUCCACCCCACUACAAUUCGCCCUGGACAAUUUCGCGACUGCAGAUCCGCUUGCGUCAACCGACCUCGCCACCUUUCAGACCAAUUUGGAUUUGUACCAGGCGACCGAAGCUGGUAUUCGAAGUGAAGGGGGUGACCUGGCGAUCAAGGAACCUAAGUUCUUUCUGGCCUUCCAGGUGGCAAGGAUUAAGACUGCGCAAGGUGUUGCCAUCAGCGACCCUGGACAGACUGUCGAACACUUGCUUGGAAAGGUGCAGAAGAACGCUGGAAGCGCGGAUAAAGGAUUGGUAUCUCAAGUGGACGCCUUGGCGACACAGUUGUCGUAG